CCGCCCCCGGCGGGCCGGAAGCGGCGGCCGCAUGCGCAGGGCGGCGCUGGCGGGGCUGGCUCGAGCCGGGGAGGGGGCGCCGGGCCUGGGCCUGGGCCUGGGGCCGGGCCUGGGCCGUGCCUGCAGCGCCCGCCUGCUGUUGCCGCCCCGCGGCGCGGCCCAAACGGACCAGCAGGGCUGGAGGGAGGCGGUGGCGGCCGCCGUCGGUGCCCUGCAGGCGGGCGGGCUGGUGGCGGUGCCGACGGACACCGUGUACGGCGUGGCGUGCCUGGCGCAGGACUCCGGCGCCGUGCGGAGCAUCUACAGCCUGAAGGGGCGGAACGGCGGGAAGCCGCUGGCCAUCUGCCUCGGGGACGUGGAGCGCCUCUACAGGUACUGCCAUGUGAACGUGCCGGACGAGCUGCUGCGGGACCUGCUUCCAGGACCUGUGACUGUGGUUUUACAACGUUCAGAAGAACUGAAUAAAGACUUGAAUCCUUACACAUCGCUGGUUGGUGUUCGCAUUCCAAACCACUCUUUUAUUAGGGAGCUGGCACGAGCUUGCUCUGGACCACUGGCUUUAACAAGCGCUAACAUCAGCUGUCAGGCGAGCACGCUGACGGUUUCGGAAUUCCAAGACCUGUGGCCUCAGUUGUCCUUAAUCAUUGAUGGAGGCCCGAUAGGGGAUGUCCGGAGCCCAGAGUGUCGUUUGGGGUCCACUGUGGUUGACUUAUCUGUGCCGGGGAAAUUCACCAUCAUUCGUCCUGGCUGCGCACUGACAUCUACAGUUGAAAUCCUGAGGCAGAAGUAUGGCUUGAUACCAGAAUCAUCUUAAGACUUCAGACUCUGAGGAGGCUCUGCAGAGCUGGUAAAGCUGGGCACCGUGUGCCUGCGCAUUCAGGGAAUGGGUGUUCAUGGCCUUGUUUAAUAAGGUUGAUGGGUUAUGUCAGGUUAAUAAACAAAAGAUAAAAACCCAGAGCAACAGUUGAUGGGUUUCUGUUAAUUAGUAUCGCAUCUGCUGCAGUCUGAGAAACCAACCCAAGUAUGUAUGCUGACGUCUUUGUGCUGCUGCACCAUUCCCAAAUACCCGUCUGAAAGAAAAGCAAAGAUGGAAAAGAGGUUUUCCGAGCUUUCAUGAUGUUAUAGCUAUGGUGUCAUCUGUUUUUUGCUGUUAUAAAUGUAACUACUGAGAUGAAACUCUUAAGUGCUUUUGCAAAUUAACAGUAUUCAAAUGGUCCCUAUCUAGACAAGAGCUGCUCAGAAAGACCUGACUUCCUCCCAAUACAAAGACUGAAAACAAGCUCUUAGUGUGCUGAUCUUCAAUUUUUAAAUGUGGACUCUCUUCAUUUUGUUCUGAAAACAGUGCUAAGCUGAAGUAAAUAGGGAAUGGAUGAAA